GUCACCACCAAGACGCACUGUUCACCAGCCCGGCCUCCACUAUCAGGAAUGCAGGUCUAGGCUAUCAUGGCUAUCAUCAUCCUCCUCCUCCUCUAUCGCUCCCAACCGCCGCUGCCAGCUGCCGAGAACCCACCGUAGCUACCUAGGUAUUGCACAUGCAUAAUUCUGCUAUCACAUACCGUCCUACAGAUGCUAUCAUGUACCAUCUGCUUCCAUGACGCUGCCGACUACGCUCCUGCUCGAUCCAGCCGCCAUCCCAACCCCGGCGCACGUGUAUGCAAGGCGGUCAAGGCACUGGCUGGCCCGACAAGUCUCCGGCGAACCAGCAACCCCCUCAUCCAUUGUCUCCGAGUCUCCGUAGCUGCUCCGUUUGUCUCUCUCUUUGGACGGCAGCUUCCCUAGCGCGGGACUGAUCCAGAGGAGAGGCAUGCACCCGUGGGCGACUUUGUUGGGCUGGCUGGGCUGGCUGGCUGGCUGGGCUGGCUGGCUGGGCUGGCUGGUAACUUACUGGCUCGGGGGGGACAGGCAGAAAAAAAGUUGGCUGGGGCAGGCCGAUGGCGCAAUUCCGUUGCAAAUUUCGGAGCCCGAGAAGCGUUUUUUUCCCUUUACCCCUCCCCCUCCAUUGAGCCUUGGGCCUGCAACGGCGCCGAGUGAUUACCGCCCGGCGAUUGUGGAGUACCUGCUGCUGCCGCCGCCCCCCACCGUAAUUCCGGGUACUGCUUUAUCGUCACAGCCACAGGAACAGCCGCCCGACUACCGGCCGCCAUGGGAAUUUUUUUUUCUUACCUGGCUUUUCUUCCCCUGGACCUGGGGUUGGUUUCCCGCCUCCCUGUCCCGCGGUGAACCAGGCUCAGGUCCAGGGCCUGCAGUGUACAUCGCAUCCAGGGUGCAAUGUACCUCGACGCGCCCAAGUAGUACAUGAGUCGUCUCGACGCUGUAAUUUUAGUCAUAGCCAGCCUCGAUUGUACAAUGCAAUAC